CCGGUCUUUCCCCCCCCCCCACCUCGACCCACAAGAGUUCGAUUUGACCUUUGCUUGAGGGGCGGAGCUUGUCGCUCUAAAGUGAUUUCUCAAGGACUGUUUUGAACCAUGGCUUUGGGACUAAGAUGCUUUCGUUGGGUGCAGCCUGGAUUUUGCAACUCUCUUUCAGUCUUGACAAGGCCUGUUUCACAAGUUAGGCUGAGGAAUACGAGUGUGACCUGGAAUGACUGCCGGCAAUGUGGGGCCUAUCUAACUGUGCCCAUCCGACAUUUUGCUACCAAGAAAGCCAAAGCCAAAGGUAAAGGGCAUCCCCAACCCCGAGUCAACAUUAAUGCAUCCUUGGUGGAGGACAUAAUCCGUCUGGAAGAGGUAAAUGUGGAAAUGAAGUCUGUGGUAGAAGCCCUUAAGGAUAAUUUCAACAAAAAUCUCAAUAUAAGGACUUCUCCAGGGUCCCUGGAUCACAUAACUGUGACAACUGGUGAUGGGAAGUUUGCUCUAAAUCAGAUCGGCCAAAUCUCCCUGAAAUCGCCUCAGCUGAUUUUAGUAAACAUGACCAAUUUCCCAGAGUGUACAGCUGCAGCUAUCAAGGCCAUAAGAGAAAGUGGAAUGAAUCUGAAUCCAGAAGUCGAUGGGACAGUAAUUCGGGUGCCAAUUCCCAAAGUUACAAGGGAACACAGAGAAAUGCUGGUCAAGCUUGCAAAACAGAACACAAACAAGUCUAAGGAGGCCCUGAGGAAAGUGCGGACAAAUGCAAUGAAUAAACUGAAGAAAUCCAAGGAUACAGUGGCUGAAGAUACAAUUAAACUAAUAGAAAAACAGAUUGGACAAAUGGCAGAUGACACAGUGGCUGAGAUGGACAAGCACUUGGCAUUGAAGACCAAGGAACUCUUGGGAUAAGAAGGAAACUCCCAAUGAGGCCAGCUGUGGGAAGUCUGCAGAAGCAACAAUGCCCUAGGCUGCACUUUAGGGCCAAAGCUUUGGAGCAUUGCAGUUGAUUGGAUUCUUCUCUCCUGUGCUUUUUGUAUUACUCUUAGGAGAUGUCCUUUUUGGAUGUCUUAUUCAAGCCAAAAGAUUGUCUCCUGUCUCCAACCACAUCAACUUGUAUAGGACUGGACCAUUAUAACUCUUAGAUGACCUUAAUAUGGAGUGGUUUUAUGCUGGGCAUGCCUCCACUAAGUAAAUCCACUAAGUAAAUACUUGUAGUUGUGAAAUAUACCCAUGCCAGGCUCAGUUUCCUUCAUUUGAUGUUCCUAAGGGAGCAAGAAUAUUAGUAAAUUAUGACCCUCUGUCUCCUCUCUGUCUGUGACCUUCUGUCUCUCUUGAAGCACUACCUCAAGGAAUCGUUAGUGUGCUUAUUUUCUUCCUUUUGAUUGAGAAAGUGGGUGCAUUUUGUACUACUAAUUGCUCCUGAGGUUGAACUCCGUGUUCACAGUUGGAAAACUUUACCUGUAAUUGAUAAUCUGAAGCUAGGCCCCAAUUUUAAAUGCCUCUGUAUUUUGCCUGUAGUGAGUUUUCAUGGAUGAGUUAGGUCUAAAUAAAAUGAAAUGAAUAAAAACAACCAACAGGGAUGAAAUCUUUCAUUUCCAUGUCUUCUCUUGAUUUGAGACCCUUGUUCCAGUAACUUAAAAAACAAAAACAAUUGGAGUGGCCCACCUUCAGAAAUUCAUUUAAGUUAGAAGCAUGGAAAUAGAAGAUUUUAGAGCUGGAAGAGACCUUAGAAAUAAUAUACGCAGAAAUAUUUCAAGACAGGUUAAGUGACUUGCCCAAGUUACUGAAUCUUGUCAAAGGAUAAAAUUGCCUGGGAAAAAAGCAAGAGGUUCAAACUGGGAACAGAAAUGUUAAAUCUCAAAAUCACCAAAUGCUAGAACUGAAAGGGUCCUUAGAACAUACAGUGUUGGAGCUGAAAAGGAACAGAACACACACAAUGUUAGAGCAAAGAACAUAGAGUGUAGAAUUGUAAGGGAGGUUAGAAUGCAUUGAAUUUUAGAACAGAACAAAAUCUUAGAGCAACAAGGCACCUUAGAGGUUAUCGAGUCCAGUCCCCUCAGUUUUAGAGGUGUAGGAACCAAGGCUCGAGAGAUUAGGUGACUUGCCUAGGGUCACACAACUAAGAUGUGUCUGAGGCAGGAUUCAAAUGCAAGUCACAUCAUGCUACCUUUCCAAGGAGCCCCACUAAUCUUGGGGCAAGUAUAAUUUCUUCCCACAGUUCACAUGAUGGAUGCUUUCUAGUCAGUGUCACAACUAUAAGACAUGUUCCUCCCAAAAGGACCUGAUAUUUUAGUGGCUUGCAAGCUCAUAUGGAUCUGCUAUUGUGAUAUGGUAGCCAAAAAGUCUAAUGAAAUCUUGCACUGCAUUAAGAAAAGCACAGUGUGCAAAGUGAGGAAGGUGACAGUCUUGCUCUACUUUGCCUUGAUCAGACCAUGUCUGCGCUAAUAUGCCCAGUUCUAGGCACCACAUUUCAGGAAGGAGAGUCUCUAGAGGAAGCUGAUUGGGAUUGUGAAAGGCUUUGAGAUGUUGUCAUAUGCGCAGCUUCAAAGUACAGGGGGAUUUUUGUUGUAGAGAAGGUCGAGGUGGGAAUGGAGUAGAAUAGUUGUCUUCAAGUAUUUGAGGUGACAUCAUGUGGAAGACAGAUUAGAUUUGUUCUGUUUGAGGAAAAUGAUAAA